UUUCCUAGCAAUUUUUAAUUUCCUCGGCUUCUCCCUCACCUCUGGUUCAUAGUCUCGACUCAGCUAUGGGUACUCAGUUCACUGCCAUUUGGAUCGCUCUUCUCCUUUCGUUCCCGGUGGUUCUGUCCGCACGCGAUGAUGGGCUGAUGAGAAUUGGACUAAAGAAGAAGAAGUUGGAUCAACUCGGUCGUCGGGUUGUACCUGGACCAGUCAACUUCAUUCCCAAGGAAGAGGGAGGAGGAGCUUCCAAACCUGCAGCUACCAAAAAGUAUUACAAUCUCGGGGAAACCGAAGCCGAUAUUGUUGCACUAAAAAACUACUUGGAUGCUCAGUAUUAUGGUGAAAUUGCUAUUGGCACACCUCCUCAAACUUUCACUGUUAUAUUUGAUACAGGAAGCUCUAAUCUUUGGGUGCCCUCGUCAAAAUGUUAUUUCUCGCUUGCUUGCUAUUUCCAUUCCAAGUAUAAGUCCAGUGCGUCAACAACCUACGUCAAGAAUGGCACCUCUGCUGCAAUUCAAUAUGGAACUGGUUCAAUUUCUGGUUUCUUUAGCCAGGACAGUGUUGAAGUUGGUGAUCUUGUUGUUAAGAAUCAGGAUUUUAUCGAGGCAACAAAAGAACCAGGUGUCACAUUUUUGGCUUCCAAGUUUGAUGGUAUACUUGGACUUGGGUUUCAAGAAAUCUCAGUUGGAAAUGCUGUUCCAGUUUGGUACAAUAUGGUUAAUCAAGGUCUUGUUAAGGAAAAAGUUUUUUCAUUUUGGUUGAACCGCAAUGUUGAAGGGGAAGAAGGGGGAGAAAUUGUGUUUGGUGGGGUGGAUCCUAAUCAUUACAAGGGUGAGCACACAUAUGUUCCUGUGACUCAUAAGGGGUAUUGGCAGUUUGAUAUGGGAGACUUGUUGAUUGGCACUGAAACAACUGGAUUGUGUGCUGGUGGGUGUAAAGCAAUUGCUGAUUCUGGAACCUCUUUGCUGGCGGGUCCAACAAUGAUGCUCUACACAAUUCAGAAAUUCAGAGUGAAUUAUUACUGCUUCAUUUUGCCAGGGAAUAUGACUGUGAUCACUCAAAUUAAUAAUGCGAUUGGAGCCUCUGGCAUUGUAAGUGAAGAAUGCAAGACGGUGGUUGCACAAUAUGGGAAAAUUAUACUGGAAAUGCUGGUGGCUCAGGCUCAACCACGAAAGGUGUGCUCUCAAAUUAGCUUCUGUACUUUUGAUGGGACUCAGGGUGUCAGUAUGAACAUUGAGAGUGUAGUAGAAGAAAGCUCAGACAAAUCAUCAGAUGGUCUGCAUGAUGCCAUGUGUACUGCUUGUGAGAUGAUUGUUGUAUGGAUGGAGAAUCGGCUCAGGCUUAAUGACACUAAAGAUCAGAUUCUGGAUUACGUGAAUGAUCUCUGUGACCGCUUGCCCAGUCCAAAUGGAGAAUCAGCAGUUGAAUGUAGUAGUCUAUCCUCCAUGUCCAGUGUCUCAUUUGAAAUUGGUGGUAAAUUAUUUGAACUGUCACCUGAGCAGUAUGUACUUAAAGUGGGAGAAGGAGUUUCAGCUCAAUGCAUCAGUGGAUUUACUGCUUUAGAUGUUCCUCCUCCUCGUGGACCUCUAUGGAUCUUGGGAGAUGUUUUCAUGGGACGGUAUCAUACAGUGUUUGACUAUGGGAACCUGACAGUUGGAUUUGCUGAUGCAGCUUAAAGUGAAUUUCCUCCUCAGCUCGUAGUUUCACUGCCACUUACAUUUGUAUUGGUAUUAGCUUGACUGUGUGGAUGACUCUGUACACUGCUGUUUGUAAAUAAAUGUGUAAUGGAAAGAGUUAUGUAUCAUCUUCAUAAUGAUUUGUGAGCCUAGUUUGAACUUGAAGAUGGAAGAGUGUGGGUUUAGGGCUAUAUAAACAAUCCUGUCCCCUAAGGCAUGUAAUCAUCUUCUUCUUCAUAAGAAACAUGUUUCUCUUCAAGCUUUA